AUGCAUAUCCUCGUGAUCGGCGGGACCGGCCGCACCGGCCAACUGAUCAUCGCCGAAGCCCUCUUUAAAGGCCACCAAAUCACCGCCCUAGUGCGCAACACCUCGUCCCUGGCACCCCAAGGAAACCUCACCAUAAUACGCGGCACGCCCCUAAACCCCCACGACAUCGCCACCGCCUUCACCGCCAGCCCUACCUCCGUCCCCACCGCCAUAAUCGUAGCCCUCAACGCGCGACGCGCAUCCGACUCGCCCUUCGCGGCGCCGUCGCCCGACACGCCGCCGCGCCUGAUGGCCGACAGCGUAGCCAACGCCAUCGCGGGCAUGAAGGCGCACGGCGCCUCCAGAAUCGUCAUCAUGAGCUCCCAGGGCGCCGGGACGAGCUUCGCGGGGCUGGGCUGGAUGAUGCGCCUCGUGUUCUCCAAGACCAACAUGAAGCUGCAGAUGGAAGACCACGACGCCGUCGACGCCGAGACCCGGCGCCAGGCAGGCGUGGACUUCGUGAUGGUGCGGCCCGUCAUGCUGGCCGAGGGGCCGGCGGCGCCGGUCAGGGUGUAUGGGGACGAGGGGAGGGGCAUUCCGGGGUUCAUGCCUAAGAUUACGAGGGCGAGUAUUGCGAGGUUCAUGGUUGAAGCGCUGGACGGGGAGGAGUAUGUGGGACGGGCUCCUGUUAUUUCGAACUGA